AUGGCUACGGACGACUACGGCAAGAUCACCGACCGUGUGGGGAAGCUAAAAGGCUCCCAAAACUAUUCCAACUGGCUAUUCAAACUCAAGCGAGCUCUUAAGUCUCGCGGUGUACGCCACUGGGAGAUCCUUAUCGGUGAGGAUCGUCCCCAAUUCACUUCUCAUCGCACUGUCCCCAGCGAGCGCACGCUUCGUGAGCAUAUCGCAAAGGAACACAAUGACAGGGCGUUGCGUGAGCAUCGACGACGACCACGCUCUCUUUCAGGCUCUCAUAAGGAUGAUGAGCCGCCGGCCACCAUCUUCCCUGACAUACUGUCUGUUCAGGAGCUUGAGGACUUCAUUCAUGAGCAUUACGAUGAGCCAAACAAGGAAUUUCAAGAGUGGGAAGCUCUUAUGUUCACAGUCCUUGACAUCUUCGUCUCUUGCCUCGAUUACGACCCAAUGCAGCAUGUCAAACAGACUAAAGAUACUUCUGAAGCCUUCAGAAUUAUUGAAAAGCUGUACGGCCGCCCCACACAACAGACUAUUGCCACUAAGUGGGCAAAGCUUGAGUCUACCGUCUAUAAACUAGGCCUGCAAAGCGCACAGUUUAUGGCAAACUGGCAGCGUGCCUACGUGGAAGUGGACCAAGCACUGGGCGACGAGUAUCUUCCUGUCGCUAUUCAAUUCUCUAUGUUCGUCCGUGCCGUGGGCUUUCACCCUGAUACUACGGUUUGGCUUCAGGGCACCCAGAAAUUCGACCUCAAGGACGACAGACUCAUGGAGAACGUCUUCGCUGACUUCGGCACUGCUGAGGACCAGCGCUAUAAUAGCACUAAGCAACAUCUUACCCUUUCUUCUAACACUACGAAGAAAGACUUCCAACAAUUAGGGGGGGUAGCCGAAUCGGCAUAUUCCUCCGAGCAAUGCUUCCUUAAUCCCGUAAACGCUGGCAAGUCCUUCAAUAAGGGCACCACCACGGCCAAGGCGACUGUGGAGCUUCUAAUAAGCCCUGAGGAUAUGUUUAUUAACACUGCCAAUGUCCAGAUCGAUUCUAUCGAUAUCUCCACAAUCUCCACGGCGAAUGCUAGUCUCAAUCCACUUCGUUAG